AGAUGCUCCGUGACACGUCACGCAAAGAUACUCCCGCAGCAUACAACCCCAGUGUGUACUACGUGCUCGGGUCAUUUCCUGGCUCUUAACCACGGCUAGGCACAUUAGCAGGCACGCCCCGUUGCUUGGUCGUGGUUGAGUAUCCUUUCCCUUCCAUCGCACUGACCCGCACCAGCUUCUUUAGUCCAAAUAAGGGGCAAACGAGUGGGGAGGUGAUCCGCGUGUUCUACUGAUCAUCUCCACAACCACAACUCGAGGUAUGCAUCCCUUGAUUGAUCCACAACCACCUGGUCUUUAAAACCAACCGAUGGACUGAGACAUCCAUCGUGAGCGGUUGAUAUUCUCACAAUGUGCGAAUUCGGCAUUGAAGAGCUUUCUGAUCUCAACGUCCUUGCUGCCGAGCAUGGACUAGAACUGACCCCAGACGGGUGUCACUUGCGCUGGGCUCGAACAAAUCCCAAACAUCCGCGGAAUUGGCACCCAGUGCGCAAAUCCUACGACAUUGUUGUGAUCUCGCUUCUGGAAUUUUUCACGACAUGUCUCAGUACCUCAGGAGCCGAGUUCGGGACGUCAAAGACAUUGACAUUGUUUCUAUAUGUUUCAACUUAUCUUCUAGGACAAGGUCUGGGGGGAAUUGUAUUUCCCCCUUACUCGGAAUCCUUCGGUCGAAAGAAGCUCUAUAUUUUUAGCGCAUCUUUAUACAGCGUAUUCUGCCUGGUCAUCGCGGCGGUCCCGUCAAUUCCCUCCCUGGUCGUCGGCCGUUUCAUUACCGGCUUCCUGUCAGCCAUCCCUACCGUUGUGAUUACCGGAAGUAUCGAAGACAUGUUCAAUACGCAUGAUAGGAUCUUUGUUAUGUUAGUCUACGUCUCGAUGGCAUGUAUGGGUGUCAGCGCCGGGCCUAUUAUAAGCUCGUAUAUUUCUGUUCGCUUUGGAUGGAGAUGGGUGUUCUACGUUGGUGCUAUUGUCUCCGCCUUCCUCGCCGCGCUUCUUUUAUGCAUCAAAGAAUCUCGACCAUCCCUAAUUCUUAUGCGGGAAGUACAAACUCUCCGUAAGCUGACCGGGAACGAUACGUUCAAGGCACAAAACCCGGAUUACAUGCCGGACCUGCGCACCUUCCUCCAUCUCGGCCUCUUGCGGCCUCUCCGUCUCUUCCUAACCGAGCCUAUCGUCUUUAUCGUGACAAUGAUAUUCGGAGUCUGCGUGGCCUUGGUCUACCUCUUCACGGAAGCGCUUCCCCCGGUCUACGAGCAAUUCGGCUUCAGCACGGAACAAGCAUCCCUCCCGUUCCUCGCCCUCGGACUCGGUGUUAUCCCCAACGCUUUGACCCGCAUCGUGGACUAUCGCAUAAUCCGAAGACGCCAGAAGAAGUGCGGAGUCCUCAAGCCAGAACACAAGCUGACGGGGAUCUACAUUGGAGCACCUGUACUCGCGAUCGCGCUCUGGUGGUUCGCCUGGACGAUCCCUCCCCAAGUGACCAAUGUCAACUGGUUUGUUUCUGUGGUGGCGCUCUUCUUUAUCGGAUACGCACUCAAUGAGCUGGAGAUCGUGGUGACGGCAUACAUGGCAGACAGCUAUCUGAGCUACGCUGCUAGCGGCUUUGCUGCUCUCUCCAUCAUUCGAUCCUUGCUUUCGGCUGCGUUCCCACUGUUUGGGAGUAACAUGUUCGACGCACUGGGUGCCAACGUGGCCGUUUCGAUCCUGGCCGUGCUAGCAACGAUAUUCUGUAUCGUGCCGCCACUUCUCAGUCGUUACGGAGAGCAGAUGCGGAUGCGGAGUGCGUUUGCCAAGUACAGUCUGCAAGUGUAUGCGGAGAACGGGGUGGAUCAAGACUUUCAGUAAUUAUGUGCAGAGGCAUGACACUCAAUGCGAGUAUCUAGUUGGAUUCUGCACACCGGUUACUACAGUCAGUGCCAUCUGGCGCUGAGAAAGAGGCGGGAAUAUAUACCUAAGUACUAUUAAUUGACACG